CGAUUGGGCGGCUGCACAGACCAGGACUCAGUUCCCCUGCCCUAGUCUGAGCCUGGUGGGUGGGACUCAGCGCAGAGUCAGUUUUCCAGAAGCAGGUUUCAGUGCAGAGUUUUCCUACACUUUUCCUGCGCUAGAGCAGCGAGCAGUCUGGAACAAACCCAGGCGGAGGACACCUGUGGGGGAGGGAACGCCUGGAGGAGCCUAGGGACCCCAGCCCUGCGUGAUCUCACCAUGGUGCGUUUUCGCUGCUACUUUCUUUUUCAGUCUUUCGGUGCAGAGAAGGGGAGGAGGCGGGGAGAGGUUUGAAAAAAUCGAAUGGCUUAUGGAAAGGAACUGCAAGGGUUCCUUUGGGGUGAUCAAAGAGGGAGACACAGAUAGACACAGAGAGACAAAGGCAAGGAGGACUGUCUGGGAGCGACGCGGGCGAUACAGUUUCCGAGGCACGCAGCGUCCCGCCCAGCCUGUUGAGCAGGUAGACACGAGCGACCCAAGCUGCGGAUUUGCGAGGGGCACCCUGGAGCUGCUAGAGAUCCGCAAGCACAGCCCCGAGGUGUGCGAAGCCACCGAACAUCCCAGUUACCAGUGUCCUUGAAUUGAUAGUGGCUUCUGUUUGUCAGUCUCAUAUAAGAACUACAGCUCAUCAGGAGGAGAUCACAGCAGGGUAAGAGACACCAACACCAUGUUCUGCACGAAGCUCAAGGAUCUCAAGAUCACAGGAGAGUGUCCUUUCUCCCUACUGGCACCAGGUCAAGUUCCUAAUGAGUCUGCAGAGGAGGCAGCAGGAAGCUCAGAGAGCUGCAAAGCAACCGUGCCCAUCUGUCAAGACAUUCCUGAGAAGAACAUACAAGAAAGUCUUCCUCAAAGAAAAACGAGUCGGAGCCGAGUCUAUCUUCACACUUUGGCAGAGAGUAUUUGCAAACUGAUUUUCCCAGAGUUUGAACGGCUGAAUCUUGCACUUCAGAGAACAUUGGCAAAGCACAAAAUAAAAGAAAGCAGGAAAUCUUUGGAAAGAGAAGACUUUGAAAAAAUAAUUGCAGAGCAAGCAGUUGCAGCAGGAGUUCCAGUGGAAGUUAUCAAAGAAUCUCUUGGUGAAGAGCUUUUUAAAAUAUGUUACGAGGAAGAUGAAAACAUCCUUGGGGUGGUUGGAGGCACUCUUAAAGAUUUUUUAAACAGCUUCAGUACCCUUCUGAAACAGAGCAGCCAUUGCCAUGAAGCAGGAAAAAGGGGCAGACUUGAGGACGCCUCCAUUCUAUGCCUGGAUAAGGAGGAUGAUUUUCUACAUGUUUACUACUUCUUCCCUAAGAGAACCACCUCCCUGAUUCUUCCUGGCAUCAUAAAGGCAGCUGCUCACGUAUUAUAUGAAACCGAAGUGGAAGUGUCGUUAAUGCCUCCCUGCUUCCAUAACGAUUGCAGCGAGUUUGUGAAUCAGCCCUAUUUGUUGUACUCCGUUCACGUGAAAAGCACCAGGCCAUCCCUGUCCCCCAGCAAACCCCAGUCCUCGCUGGUGAUUCCCACAUCGCUCUUCUGCAAGACAUUUCCAUUCCAUUUCAUGUUUGACAAAGAUAUGGCAAUUCUGCAAUUUGGCAACGGCAUCAGAAGGCUGAUGAACAGGAGAGACUUUCAAGGAAAGCCUAAUUUUGAAGAAUACUUUGAAAUUCUGACUCCCAAAAUCAACCAGACAUUUAGCGGGAUCAUGACUAUGUUGAAUAUGCAGUUUGUUGUACGGGUGAGGAGAUGGGACAACUCUGUGAAGAAAUCUUCAAGGGUUAUGGACCUCAAAGGCCAAAUGAUCUACAUUGUUGAAUCCAGUGCAAUCUUGUUUUUGGGGUCACCCUGUGUGGACAGAUUAGAAGAUUUUACAGGACGAGGGCUCUACCUGUCAGACAUCCCAAUUCACAAUGCACUGAGGGAUGUGGUCUUGAUAGGGGAGCAAGCCCGAGCUCAAGAUGGCCUGAAGAAGAGGCUAGGGAAGCUGAAGGCCACUCUUGAGCAAGCCCACCAAGCCCUAGAGGAGGAGAAGAAAAAGACAGUAGAUCUUCUGUGCUCCAUAUUUCCCUGUGAGGUUGCUCAGCAGCUGUGGCAAGGGCAAGUUGUGCAAGCCAAGAAGUUCAGUAAUGUCACCAUGCUCUUUUCAGACAUCGUUGGGUUCACUGCCAUCUGCUCCCAGUGCUCACCGCUGCAGGUCAUCACCAUGCUCAAUGCACUCUACACUCGCUUCGACCAGCAGUGUGGAGAGCUGGAUGUCUACAAGGUGGAGACCAUUGGCGAUGCCUAUUGUGUAGCUGGAGGAUUACACAAAGAGAGUGAUACUCAUGCUGUUCAGAUAGCGCUGAUGGCCCUGAAGAUGAUGGAGCUCUCUGAUGAAGUUAUGUCUCCCCAUGGAGAACCUAUCAAGAUGCGAAUUGGACUGCAUUCUGGAUCAGUUUUUGCUGGCGUUGUUGGAGUCAAAAUGCCCCGUUACUGUCUUUUUGGAAACAAUGUCACUCUGGCUAACAAAUUUGAGUCCUGCAGUGUACCACGAAAAAUCAAUGUCAGCCCAACAACUUACAGAUUACUCAAAGACUGUCCUGGUUUCGUGUUUACCCCUCGAUCAAGGGAAGAACUUCCACCGAACUUCCCUAGUGAAAUCCCCGGAAUCUGCCAUUUUCUGGAUGCUUACCAACAAGGAACAAACUCAAAACCAUGCUUCCAAAAGAAAGAUGUGGAAGAUGGCAAUGCCAAUUUUUUAGGCAAAGCAUCAGGAAUAGAUUAGCAACCUAUAUACCUAUUUAUAAGUCUUUGGGGUUUGACUCAUUGAAGAUGUGUAGAGCCUCUGAAAGCACUUUAGGUUUGUAGACGGCUAAUGAGCAGUAUUAAAAUUUCAGGAGCCAAGUCACAGUCCACUCUUUCUCCCAUUUAACAUGACAAAGUGUACUCACUUCAGUACUUCAGCUCUUCUGGAGAAAAACAAAAACAACAAAAAAACAAAAAAAAACUUAAAAAGUUACUUUUGGGGGAGUAUUUCUGUUAUAUAACCAUCACUUACUACCUGUACUCAAAAUUCAGCACCUUGUACAUAUAUCAGAUAAUUGUAGUCAGCUGUACAAACUGGCAGAAUCACCUGCAAUCUCAUAUCCUGGUGGAAUACCAUGGUUAUGAAAGUUGUGUUUGUGACAGUGUUGUCUUAAAAAUGUUUCUAAAUAGAAAUUACAUUCUUUGACGCCCUCAGUUCUUUCAAACUUUCAACUCUGCAUUGUAUUGCAUUUUCUCAUUUAACUGGUAGUAUAUGUUUGAAUAUAGGCUGACAUUUUUUUCUCUAUUGCACUUUCCCCUUUUUUUCUUUUUAGAAAAUAAGCAAUUAGGGAUUAGAUGCAAUACAAUUAUAAAAUAGUUCUGUAAAUAUCAAAUAUUAUUUUUAGUUCUUGAAGUUAAAAAUACUCUCCAUAGUAAUGUGUUUUAUAACAAUAAGUAUUUCUUCUGUUUGACAUAUUUAAAAAUUCUACAAUGGCAAAAGCUAUUUUAAUCCAUGUUAGCAAUUUAAUUCCUAUUAAUUCAUUUUACUAUCAUAAUAGCAAAGUAUUCCAAAUAAAAGAGGUUUCUAUCUUCUAUUAAAAUGCAGUAAUACUAUUCAAAUCUAAUUGAGCUGGAAGCAACAUGGGAGUAAAGUAAUCAUACAGAGGACUCACCAUAAAGGACAUUGGUAAAACAUUUACACAUGUACACACACAUGCAGGCACACUUGGAACAACAUGGACCUACUUCAGCAGACAUCUUCUAUUGCCAUGCUGAGCCAUUUAAAGUUUUAAGAAGAAAAUCUAAGUACAGAAGUAGAAAAUAAGACUUGUUCAUUCGGUGGAUAUCUCAUUUUUCUUGAGUAUUUGUGCUGAACAUUUUGGUGCAUGUCUAUGAACUAAGAUUCAAGUUUUUGUCUCAUUAAAUAUACAUAUAUGAAGUGUUUUUAUUCUACUUGAAAUAUCCUGAUUAAAAAAAAAAAGAUUGUUAGUAUUGAUGAAGCAAAUGAGGCAGUGACUACAUUAUGGAAAUGUCUAAGUAUUUUUUCCGGAGCUUCAACUUUUUUCUUUUUUUUUUUUUUUUACAUAAACCUUUACGCAGUUAGGAACUUUUAUUUUUGAUUAGGUCAGUUGAAGUUCUCUGGUGAACUAAAAAAAUAUACAUUUUGGCUGGGGAUAAGGAUUUGAUUUUAAAAAGAGCUCGAAUUUAAGGCAAAAAAAAAAAAUGAACGUUGUAGUUUUAAAAUCAAUAUUAGCAGAGCCAUAGAUAGGCGGAACUCUUAUUUGGGGUUCUGAGAAAUAAUUCAGUUUAAAAGUUCUUUAACUGCCUCCAUUAGUACCCAGGCUAGCCCAUGGUGACAUCAGGAAUGUUCAUUACUGAUUGGCCUCUAGUAUUCCAAGGGUACUACUAUAGAUAUUACAAUAAUGCUGUUUACUAAGUGAUAGCCCAAUGUCUUACAGGACUGACUCUGACUCAAUAAACACUCACCCUAUUAUUGGAAAGUACCAGAGGCCUUGAGGAAGUAUAGUUACAUCUUCACAAAUAUAUGAAGUUAAGUCACUACUUACAAGGAAAACAAAAAUGUAAAUACAUGUUUCUUUCUGGAACAGAACUCUUAUCGUGGGGAAAUAAUAGAAAUAAAGAAAAUAUAAAAGCAUGAAA